AUGGCGCUCACAUGUACGUUCGAAGCGCAAGGAUCCGGCGCUUCCCUCACUUUUACGUUCGACGCACCCGCUUUCGCCCGUCGCACUCCCUUCUGCGCGCUGGCACUCCCUUCCGCCCGUCGCACUCCCUUACGCCCAUCGCCCUCCCUCCCGCCGUCGUCCUACCUUCUGCCCGUCGCCCUCCCUAGCGCCCGUCACACUCCCUUCCGCCAUCGCCCUCCCUUCCGCCCGUCGCCAGUCGCCAUGCCUUCCGCCUGUCGCCCUCUCUUCUGCCCGUCACCCUCCCUUCGUCUCGUCACCCUCCCUUCCUCCCAUUGCCCUCCCGGCCACCCGUCGCCCUACCUUCCCCUCGUCGCGCUCCCUUCCGCCCGUUGCCCCCCUUUGUCACGCCGCGCUCCCUGCUGCUCAUCGCCCUCCCGCUCUUCCCCUCGCAAUCCCCGUAUCUCUCUCCCCUCAUCGCCCGUCACUGUCGCCAUCCCUCCCUUCUCCCUUCCCAACUCGUUUGGAUCAGUCACGCCCCCUUUCCAACCCGCACACACCCCUCUUUCCCCGGCAUCUCUCCCACUCCCCUCGUCCUGCUUCCCCCCAUCCUCUUCCCUGUUUCCCCUUGGAUUCCCGCGCUGCUUCCCCCCAUCCCCUUCCCUGCUUCCCUACAUCCCCUUCCUUGCUUGCCCCAUCCCCUUCCCUUCUUCCCCCAUCCCUUUACCUGCUUCCUCCCAUUGCUUCCCUUCUUCCCUGUUGGUGUAA